AAAGAAAAAGAAAAAAAUGCAGAAUCGUAUCAAAAACCUAUAUAUGAUGAUAAAAGCACAAUCUAGAAGAACUAUGUGGUGCAAGACAAGUUGAAAUAUCUGUUGACUGCAGACUUCUUCCUUUUCAAUUGGGCUUUAAGUUCAAAGCUUUUCCAAGAGUUCUUUAUUUCAUGAAUGAAAGUUUCCUAAAGGCCGUCAUAGAAGGUAUUGAGUGACCAAAUAAUUAACCACUAUAAUAGUUCUUUUAUCAGUUCUUUGAAUAUAGAGGUAGCCUUUAAAAGACCAACCAGAAGCAUCCCAACAGUCAAUAACACAGUAAUAAUUUAAAAAGUGUAUAGCACUUGAGAGUGUGCAGAGUACACAUUACUUUGAAAUAAGUAUGGCAAGUAUCUUUGAUUUACAGAUGAUGAUGCUCAGAUAAAAUGACUUGCCUGAAAACAUGAAUAAUACUAUGCACUUACUGUAAACGGACACGAUUUUGUACUAUAAUGGACAGUCUGGAAUAAUAUAGGGUCAUUUGGUUCAUGUCAGGUUCUACUGUAGCGGUGGCAAUUUCCGAAGUGCUGAUUUUCAGUCUUAUUUUUAUUGUCUCAUUCUGUGAAAUAUGCCCCCUCAACAACAUGCUGCAUGGUUUCAAUAUGUAUAGUAAUUUUAACCUGGUAAAAGGGAAUGCUCAUGCAUUUUGAGAAAGUAUUACUCUGUGGAUUUUGAAUAAAGAGUAAAUGUCUACACAAAAUGGGCGUUUGUACUUUAAUUUUCAAAGAGGUUAUCUUCAGAUACCAACGAAAAUGAAGAGCCACUCCUGAGAAAGAGUUCUCGCCGCUAUGUCAUCUUUCCGAUCCAGUACCCUGAUAUUUGGAAAAUGUAUAAACAGGCUCAGGCAUCCUUCUGGACAGCAGAAGAGGUUGACUUAUCAAAGGAUCUCCCUCACUGGAACAAGCUUAAAGAAGAUGAGAGGUAUUUUAUCUCUCGCAUCUUAGCCUUUUUUGCAGCCAGUGAUGGAAUUGUGAAUGAAAAUUUGGUGGAACGAUUUAGUCAGGAGGUGCAGGUUCCAGAAGCUCGCUGUUUCUAUGGCUUUCAAAUUCUCAUCGAGAAUGUUCACUCAGAGAUGUACAGUUUGCUAAUAGACACUUACAUCAGAGAUCCCAAGGAAAGGGAAUUUUUAUUUAAUGCAAUUGAAACAAUGCCAUAUGUUAAGAAGAAAGCAGAUUGGGCCUUGCAAUGGAUAGCAGAUAGAAAAUCUACUUUUGGGGAAAGGGUGGUGGCCUUUGCUGCUGUAGAAGGAGUUUUCUUCUCGGGAUCGUUUGCUGCUAUAUUCUGGUUAAAGAAAAGAGGUCUUAUGCCUGGACUCACCUUUUCCAAUGAACUCAUCAGCAGAGAUGAAGGGCUUCACUGUGACUUUGCUUGCCUGAUGUUUCGAUACUUGGUAAAUAAGCCUUCAGAAGAAAGGGCCAGGGAGAUCAUUGUUAAUGCUGUUAAAAUCGAGCAGAAGUUCUUAACAGAAGCCUUGCCCGUUGGCCUCAUUGGAAUGAAUUCUGUUUUGAUGAAACAGUAUAUUGAGUUUGUAGCUGACAGAUUACUUGUGGAACUUGGAUUCUCAAAAUUUUUUCAGGCAGAAAAUCCCUUUGAUUUUAUGGAAAACAUUUCUUUAGAAGGGAAAACAAAUUUCUUUGAGAAACGAGUUUCAGAGUAUCAGCGUUUUGCAGUGAUGGCGGAAAACACAGAUAAUGUCUUCACCUUGGAUGCAGAUUUUUGAAACCCUUCCCUUAUUUAAACUUACUGGUAAAUAGCAGUCUAUUUUUCUCUGCUUAAAAAAAUAAAACAAAACAAAAACAAAAACACCCCAAA